AUGGGGGAGCAUUGGCUGCCAUGGAAUCGCCCUCGGAAGGUACUUCAGCCAAUGCCUCUAGGCAUGACCUGCAAACCCUGGUUCAAGGACAGGCUGCCUUCUAAGUGUUUAUCGAAGCACAAACAGGAACAACUGAAGUUCCCUACCUCUCUGGAUGGCCGACGCUGGGUGUUCGUGAAGGAAGGGCUGGACGAUUUCAGGAAGGGCUGUCCGCCUUGUGAAGGUAUGAUCCUCCGUGGCCCCAAAGAGGGCUUUCUACCCACAAUUUCUCACGAAGUCCACCCUGGCUCCAGAAAGAGUCAGAAAAGUCAAUGCCAGUACUUAAGGCUGUUUUCCCCACUGUCGCUGGCCCAGCAAGCGCGCAAGUCCUUUGUGGAGAGAACUGAAGCAAGCAUGAGCCAGCAUCCCUUGGCUUUCUGGCCCCUGGAAAAAGGGAUUCCUGAAGAUGUCUUAUUAAAAGUGCUGGAAUCUAUUGACCCUGACCGGGAGUUGGAGGAGAAGUGGGGUUAUUGUGAGGGCCAUGGAAAAUCGAUGAGUCUGCCUACCCUGCAUGAGAAAUACCCUCACAAAAAAGUCGACCUGGAUCCUCCCAAGUUUCCUGGGUCACGUAGAUAUGGUGUGAUUCAAGAAAAGAAGCCCAAAAAACAAGACUCUGGUGAAUCUCUUUAUUACCGGUACAUACCCAAAGGAGUUUAUGACUUCUGUGAAUGGGUUGAAUCAUUUGGAGAUUUGGGCAUUGAUGAAGACUUCAUGAUGAAGCAAUUUGACAUUGGUUAUGAGUGCAAACCGAGCUAUGAAGACUCUGCCAUCAAAAAAAUCAGCCUGCUUCCUUCUGAACUCAGGUUCUGCAGGAGGCUGAGCAAAGUGAAGGAGAUCAGAUUCUCCAUACAGGAGUCAAACUUUGAAAGGAAACUCCGAAGACCGAAUGAUCCUUACAAGUCCACCAAGGAUAAGAUUAGAUAUGGGGCAUGGUACCUGAAGCUAGAUCUGUGGAAAAAGCUAGUAAAUGAUGAGCCUUUGAUGGAGCCUGAAGACGUACUUGAACUUCAAGGUGAAACGCCUGGUAAACCAGACAUCAUUGAAGACCUUUAUGGAACAAUUGCCUUUAAGGAUUUCAUCAUAAGCAAAGGCUACAAUAUGCCAGGCAUCCUUGAGAAGUUGUUCAUGAGAAAAGGAUGGGAUUAUGAUACUGUCAACACUCCAAUACCAAGAGUACUAAAAGCACAUGAAUUGAUCAUGCAGAAAAGGGAUGAAGACUACGAUGAUGAAAACGACUAG